GUUCCCCUUUUACUUCCCCCCGUACCUUACCCUCGCUUCUGUGGUCCGGAUCUCUCGCCCUCGGCUCUCCCACCUCGCUCCCCCCGGCGCUCUUUAAUACUUCGCUGCGCUCUGCCGAACCCCAAAGAGGCUUCGCAUGUUGAUGUGACCAUGUAUCACUAACCUGUGUACAAGGAUGCUGGAGGACCCGUCGUAUUCGGAAAUUGUGCGUUGGGGUGACGAAGGAGACAGUUUUGUGGUCUUGGAGUGCGAAAAAUUUACCAAGACGAUCCUUCCAAAACAUUUCAAACACAGCAACUUCGCCAGUUUCGUGCGACAACUGAACAAGUACGAUUUCCACAAAGUGAGGCAAAAUAAUGAGGAGAAUGGACAAUCGCCAUACGGACAGAAUGCCUGGGAGUUCAAGCACCCCGAGUUCAGGGCGAACAGCAAGGAGUCAUUGGACAACAUUCGACGGAAGGCCCCGGCUCCGCGCAAACAGACCCAGAGCACCGACGAGUCAGUCCCUACACAACAAAUAGAUUUGCUCAACCAGCAGAUUGUGGCGCAGCAACAACAAAUCCAACACUUGUCCGACCGGUACGCUCAGCUGACUGUUGACCAUCAGCUAAUGCUGCAGGAGGUUAUGAGGGUGCAGAAAACUGUCCUCAACCAUGAGAAUGUCAUCCACCAGGUGAUGACUUACCUACUUUCUGUUGAUGCCCGUCAAAGGCGCGACAGCAAAGCGGCUGCGCCUUUCCAGGCGCAGGGCCAAGCAGGUUCGACCUUGAGCCCUUCACAGGUCGCGUCAAUGGACGACGAGCCAUCGUCACCAUUGCAGCAUGCUUCGAAACUUCUGAGUGAUAUGAAUGCCGAAAUUCAGUUCAACUUGGCUGGCCUGGAGUCGAUGGGCGAGCCACCGAAGACGGCAGCAGUAGUUGCCACGCCUGCCCUCGAAGGUGCCCCUCGUAAUGGUGUUGCGCGCGCUGCUAAUGCCCCGAAUCCGAAUGCCGCCAUGGUCUAUUCGAAGAUCAACGGUGACAUCGAACCCGUCGUUUACCCCGUCGGCGCUACUAAUGGAAUCGAUCCGAUGUACAGCGAACAUGUCAACAACGUCCCUUAUCCGAUGCCUCCUAAACAAGAGAUCGACGAAACUCGUAGGCAGUUUCCCGACAAUCGGAAAAAGAGCGCGAAUGUUGAUCCCGGCUGGGUCCGCAGCCCGCAUAUCUUGCUCGUCGAGGACGAUGCGACAUGUCGCCAGAUUGGUGGGAAAUUCCUCUAUUCGUUUUCCUGCGUCAUCGAUACCGCGUUCGAUGGUCUGGAGGCCGUUAAUAAGAUUCAGGACGGCUCCAAAUAUGAUCUCAUUCUCAUGGAUAUUAUCAUGCCUAAUUUGGAUGGUGUCUCAGCAUGCCAUCUUAUUCGCCAAUUUGAUCGGACUCCCAUCAUUGCCAUGACUUCUAACAUUCGGAGUGACGAUAUCCAGCUCUACUUCCAGCAUGGAAUGGAUGAUGUUCUUCCAAAGCCCUUCACCAGAAAGAGUCUUCUCGAUAUGCUUGAGAAGCACCUAGUGCACCUGAAGACGAUUCCCUCAAGCAUGGAGGCUCCCCCAUCCGCGGCGGCUGCGGUUACGAUGGCUGCGCAGAGCUCGGCAGCCCAGUCGGUCAAGGAGGACAGCUCGCCUGGGCAAUCACCAGCAACAUCAAUGACUAACUGGCAAUCGCCGGGCCAGUUCCAAGGAAUGGCGGCCGUGCCCCCCAACAUCCAGCAGGUUCAAAGUCAAUAUGUUCCUGCCACCCCAGCUGCAGCUGCAUAUGCCGUAGAUCAAACUGGGGUUCAGUAUCCGACACCCGCCGUGGCACUUACCACAGCAGCGCCUGCGGCAACCAGGCCGCAACCUCGCCGGCAGCUUUCUGAAAUGUCCAGCGCUGCUGAGAAUCCCAACAUGGCCAAACGACCUCGCAUGUAUUCACACCAGACGCAGCCGAUCGUCACUCCCAUGCAGGCCACGCGAACAGGCUAGGUUUAGGACCAUUACUUUUCAUAUAUUUCUCCUCACUCUACACCAAAUGACGACCUCUUCUAAUCCCUUCCGUCCCGUCUGCCACAUCACUCCCUUUUCUACC